AAAAAAAAAAAAAAAAAAAAAAACUAUAAAAGCAGCCGUUUUGCAUUUAUAUUUCUGAUUAAAUUGUACUAAUAAAAUGAUUACAGGUGAACACAUUUUCGGAAAUAAUUUUAAAGACAAAGUUGCAGUAAUUACAGGUGGUAGUCGUGGUAUUGGUAAGGCUGUUGCAGAUGCUUUAAUUAAAAGAGGCGCCAAAGUUGUUAUUGGUGAUAUCCUUGAAGCGGAAGGUCAAGUACUUGUGAAUACCUAUAAUGAGUUAGCUAACGAAAAAGUGGCUAUAUUUAUCCGUACAGACGUAACAAAGUAUGCAGACAAUCAAGCUCUUUUUAAGUUAGCUGAACAUGAAUUUGGAGGUGUUGAUCUUGCUUUACUGAAUGCUGGUAUUGGUUCCAAUGCUAACUCUACUUUUUCACCAAUGGAUGACCAGUUAGAUGAGAGGAUUAUUGACAUUAAUACAACAGCUGUUAUUAAAGGGACUAAAGUCGCAGUCUUACAUAUGGCUAAAAGAGGUGGUGGCUCUAUUGUUCAUCUCGCUUCAGUAGCAGGCUUUUAUUCUUCUUUUGAGUUUGCAAGCUAUAAUGCAUCUAAACAUGCAGUUAUUGGUUAUACUCGUUCAUUUGAUUUCUUACCACGCAUUUGUAAUGUUCGCGUGAAUGCUUUAUGUCCUUAUUGGGUUGAAACUGAUUUAAUCCAGUCUAUUACUAAUCUAGAGACACCCUUACAAACAUAUGUUAAACUUUGCCCUAGGACACCUAUGCAAACAGUUGUAGAUGGUGUUUUAACCUUAUUUGCAGAUGAAUCUAUGAAUAUCCAGACUUUGAUGGCACUUCCAAAGGGUCUUGAGAUUAUGGAACCUAUAAGACCUUUAGAUUUAUCUAGUUCUGUUAACAAAGGUUCUGAAAUGAAAGCAUAUGCAGAUGAAGUCAUUCCUAAACUGAAGGCACAACUUAAAGCUGCUAUCACAAAAUAUAAUAUUUAAUAAAUAGCUAAUCUUUUCAUAUUUAUCCAAUACUAAUACAUGUUCCCUUCUUGUUACUACUCAAUAAAGUAACUAGAAAGCAAUUUCUUUGUUUUGAG